UUUGUCAUCAGCUCUUUGAUUGAGGAAGGCUCUGCUGCUGUUUGUAGAAGCUGAUAAAAUGCCAGGUCUCUGUAGCCUCGGGGGAGAGCCCCGCUUCUUGAUGAUGUGAUCGAUCACGUUUCAUUCUCAUUAAUACAAGACGCUGGCUUUUAGGGAGAGGACCGCUGUCUGCUUGUCUUUCAGCUUCGGUGGUCUUUCUGUGGGCAAGGGGCUCGUGGGAGAGCCCUGUGAGAUAUACACUCGCCGUAGCUUCCUCAUUCCAUAUUUGCAUUUGAUCGUUAAGGAGAUCCUUUGGGAAUAUCAAACCUCCAUGUACGACAAUUUGUACCUGCAUGGAUUUGAAGACUCGGAGGCGGGUUCGGCUGACUCUUACAACAGCAGACCGUCUGAUUCAGAUGUCUCACUGGAUGAGGAGCAGGGCGGCCAACAGGAGAAAGAACAGCAGGCCACUGUCCAACUGGAAAGGGCGAAGGCCAAAGCAGUGGCCUUCGCUGUGAGAACAAACGUCAGCUAUUGUGGUGCCCUGGAUGAGGAUGUUCCUGUCGCUGGUACUGCCAUUUCAUUUGAUGCUAAAGACUUCCUUCAUAUCAAGGAGAAAUACAACAAUGACUGGUGGAUCGGACGGCUGGUGAAAGAAGGCUGUGAUAUCGGUUUCAUCCCCAGUCCUAUAAAGCUUGAAAACUUUCGCUGCCAGCAGGAGCAAAAAAGAGGGCGUUACCAUGGAAAGUCUAGUGGUAACUCCUCCUCCAGUCUGGGUGAAAUGGUGUCCGGCACCUUCAAACCCAACCCACCUUCUGCAGGUAAACAGAAACAGAAAGUGGCCGAGCACAUUCCUCCAUAUGAUGUGGUUCCCUCCAUGAGGCCUGUGGUCUUAGUUGGCCCAUCGCUUAAGGGCUACGAGGUAACAGAUAUGAUGCAGAAAGCUCUCUUUGACUUCCUAAAACACAGGUUUGAAGGCAGGAUAUCAAUAACACGAGUUACUGCAGACAUCUCUUUAGCCAAGAGAUCUGUGCUGAAUAACCCCAGUAAAAGAGCCAUUAUUGAGAGAUCCAACACCAGAUCCAAUCUAGCCGAGGUUCAAAGUGAGAUCGAGCGGAUCUUUGAAUUGGCCAGAUCCCUUCAGCUUGUUGUCCUGGAUGCAGACACAAUAAAUCAUCCGGCCCAGCUCCUCAAAACAUCUUUAGCUCCUAUUAUUGUCCAUGUCAAAGUGUCUUCUCCUAAGGUAUUGCAGAGGCUGAUCAAAUCACGAGGAAAGUCUCAAAGCAAACAUUUAAAUGUCCAGCUGGUGGCAGCAGACAAAUUAGCACAGUGUCCUCCGGAAAUGUUUGACAUUAUUUUGGAUGAGAAUCAGUUGGAGGAUGCAUGUGAACACCUGGCGGAGUACCUGGAGGCCUAUUGGCGGGCCACGCACACCUCCCUCAGCACUCCUCUGAAUCCUAUACUGGGCCGUAAUCUGGGCUCUACUACACUGUCUCCAUACCCCACAUCUAUCUCUGGAUUACAGAGCCAAAGAAAUAAAAACAGCAAUCACAUAAGUGAUCACUCUCCAAUGGAAAGGCACAGUUUGAUGACCUCAGACGAGAACUACCACAACAACGAACGACAAAAAAAGAGUCAUAACCGCUUAUCAUCCAGCUCCCAGCAGAGUCAUGACAACUACCCACUGGUGGAAGAAGACUACCACGAUCCCUAUCCUGACGCGUACAAACCUCACCGAAACCGGGGCUCCCCCAGCAGCUACAGCAACGACUCGCGGCACAGACUCUAGAUCAGUACCCAAACCACCACUACUACAGCCAGAGCCAAGAGUUAACUCUUAAGUAUAUCUAGAAGCCAUUUUCACCAAAUGUAGUGCAGUGCAUUCCCAGGUGCCCAUCCGUGGGUUGUCUUUACUAAAUGCAAAAUAUUAGCACUGUGGUGUGUGGAGAUCUUAGCGACUGACCAUCCGCUUUCAAAAACAGGUCCCUGCAUUCUUACUAUUUGUAAGAUUUGCAUUGGUUACAUACAAAUGUUCACCUUGAACUUGCUGGCAUGCAGGAAUGCUAUUAGCACAGAGCCUUUUGCACGGUUUAAGUAGCCAAUGGAAGCAGAGUGUCGUGCAUUUACUAUUUUUUUGCUCUUUUUUAUGUUUUUCUGUGACCAGGCAGCCUCAGGUACGGAGCAGUAUUGCUUCACGCAUGUCAAAAUUCAAGCUGUUUUUGUGACCUAAAUGAAGAUAUCCACUUUUCUAAACAGAAUGCAGACGUAGCAACAAGUAUUUAUAUACCAUAAUGCCCACAGUCCACUUUACACUUAGUAGAUAAAAAUGGUCCCAAGCUGUCACCAGGGCAGUACCUUUUAAAAUGGUCCUAAAAUGUACAGAUCUGUAAACAUUUUGUACCAUUAUAGGUGCUUAUUUGAACUUUUUAGGUGCAAAGGUGUACUUUUUAAAACUGGGUUACCGUCCCAAUGACAGAUGGAGACCAUUUUUUUCUGAUAUUAUAGCAUAAUAGCACCGUUGGUUUGAUUUUUUCAGAAUUGCUGGGGUGCAUAAAUAUUUCCAUAAAGACUUCAUAUUACAAAUCAAACUGAACGGUCCUUAAAACAGAUUUCUUUAUACAAAAUAAGUUAUUUCUUUGGUGUAAAAUGUGCCAAAUUUACUCCAUGUAUCCUACUCAUGUGUUCCAUACAUGUUACUCACGAUUUGUUCCUCUAUACUGUUUAGGUUUGUCAGACGUUGUCGUCCUGACCUACUGAACAUGUGCCUGAACAAUAGUAAUGUUAUCGUUUUUGUGGGUCUUAGCAGGUACACUGGAGGUUAAUGUAUUAAUAUUGGAAUUCAAUUUAGAUCAUUAGGCAUAGACAAAUUAAGAUAUAAUGUAAGACUAUAAAAAGAAAUGGUUUAUUUAUUGUUUUUUAUGUAUUGAAACAUGAGCUUUUCUUUAGUUAUUGGAGCUGUUGCAAAGCUAUUUAUGCACUGUGUACUUUUUGCUUGUGUAAAACAGCACCAGUCAGGUGUCAGUAUUGGCUUUGCAUGUGUAAAAGUACUUGGUCGUGCUAAAGGUUUAUGAAAAUCUGACCAAAAAAUGACAUUUAUUUUUGACUUUGACAUUUAUCAUAUAUUGUGUAAUGAAAUUCAUGAUUUUUUAUUAUCAUCACAGUUACAUUUCUGUGUCAUCGUAGCAGCAGAGUUAUUUAUUUGUUUCUACAUCGAACCAUUAUGUUAACUAUGUUACAACUGUGCAUACUUCAUUCAUUAAAUUAAUAUUUGGUCA